AUGAACUUCAGGUUCCAGAACCUCUUGGGAGCCCCCUACCGAGGGGGCAACGCUGUCAUUUCAAGCAACACCCUGCUACUCUCUCCCGUCGGUAACCGUGUCGCCGUCACCGACCUCCUCAAGUCUGAAACUUCCACCCUCCCCAUCCAGUCUUCCUCCAACGUCUCCCGCAUUGCCGUCUCUCCCGACGCCACUUUCCUCCUCGCUAUAGACGACCGCAACCGCUGCCUCUUCAUCAACCUCCGCCGCCGCGCCGUCCUCCACCGCAUCUCCUUCAAGCACCGCGUCGCCGCCGUCGAAUUCAGCCCCGAUGGCUCCCUCAUCGCUGUCGGCGCCGGGAAGCUAGUCCAGAUCUGGCGCUCCCCAUCCUUCCGCCGCGAGUACUUCCCCUUCGAGCUUGUGCGCACCUUCGCUGACUUCGACGGGAAAAUAACCACCCUCGAUUGGAGCCCGGACUCGAAGUACCUGAUCGUCGGGUCCAAGGAUUUAACCGCGAGAAUCUUGUGCUUGAAGAAAUUGAAUAGCAGUGUUAAGAAAAAACCUUUUUUGCUCCUAGGGCAUAGGGAUUCGGUUGUAGGUUCGUUCUUUGGUGUGAAUUCGAAAACUAACAGGGUUUGUAAGGCUUAUACGGUUACUAGGGAUUGUUAUUUGUUUAGCUGGGGUUUUACAUCUGAUAAUAGUGGUGAGGGUGAAGGUUCGGAGCCGCCCUCGCCAGGGACGCCGGACAGGGACGUGGAAGGGAAUUUGGAGGUUAUUGAGAAUGAUGGUGUGAAGAAGAGGAAGAAAGUUGAUGUUCAGGAUGGUGAUGAGGGUUAUUUGAGUAGAGGAAAGUGGGAGUUAUUGAGGAAGGAUGGGUUUAUGCAGGGAUCGGCGAAGGUGACGGCAUGUGAUUAUCAUAGGGGGCUAGAUAUGGUGGUUGUUGGAUUUUCAAAUGGUGUGUUUGGGUUGUAUCAAAUGCCGGAUUUUGUGUGCAUUCAUUUGUUGUCUAUUUCGAGGGAGAAGAUUACCACUGCUGUGUUUAAUGAGCUUGGGAACUGGUUGACAUUUGGCUGUGCUAAAUUGGGGCAGCUGUUGGUGUGGGAGUGGCGGUCUGAGAGCUACAUUUUGAAGCAACAGGGACAUUACUUUGAUGUGAAUUGCGUUGCGUAUUCGGCAGACUCACAGCUCCUUGCCACUGGAGCAGAUGAUAAUAAAGUGAAGGUAUGGACACUUUCGUCAGGGUUUUGCUUUGUUACAUUUUCGGAGCACGCUAAUGCUGUUACGGCUUUACAUUUUAUGGCAAGUAACAAUUGCCUGCUUAGUGCAUCUCUUGAUGGGACUAUUCGUGCAUGGGAUUUAUUACGCUACCGGAAUUUUAGGACAUUUACAACCCCUUCUUCAAGACAGUUUGUCUCUCUGACAGCUGAUCAAAGUGGUGAAGUCAUAUGUGCUGGCACUUCAGAUUCCUUUGAGAUUUUUGUUUGGUCAAUGAGAACGGGCCGCUUAUUGGAUGUGCUCAGUGGUCAUGAAGCUCCCGUUCGUGGACUAGUCUUUUCUCCCACAAAUGCUGUCUUGGCUUCAUCAUCAUAUGAUAGAACUGUUCGGUUGUGGGAUGUCUUUGAUGGAAAAGGAGCUGUUGAAUCAUUUCCUCACACACAUGAUGUUCUUACAGUAGUUUAUCGUCCAGAUGGAAGGCAGUUAGCUUGCAGCACAUUAGAUGGGCAAAUUCAUUUUUGGGACCCGAUAGAUGGUUUGUUGAUGUACACCAUAGAAGGUUCUAGAGAUAUUGCUGGUGGGCGUCUUAUGACUGACCGUAGAUCAGCUGCUAACUCAACUUCAGGGAAGUUCUUUACAACCUUGUGUUAUUCAGCUGAUGGAAGCUACAUAUUAGCUGGGGGAAGCAGCAGAUACAUCUGCAUGUAUGAUGUUGCAGAUCAGGUUUUACUUCGACGUUUCCAGAUAACUCACAAUCUCUCUUUAGAUGGAGUGCUUGACAUUUUAAACUCAAAAAAUAUGACAGAUGCUGGCCCACUAGAUUUGAUUGAUGAUGACAACAGUGACGUUGAAGAAGGUGUUGACAAACAAACCCGAGGGAAACUAGGAUUAGACUUGCCAGGAUCUAUGCCUAACCGUGGAAGGCCUAUUAUUCAGACAAAGUCCCUGAGAAUUGCACCUACAGGGCGUAGUUUUGUUGCGGCAACAACUGAGGGAGUUUUGGUUUAUUCUGUUGAUGAAUCUUUUAUAUUUGAUCCAACUGACCUUGACAUAAAUGUUACGCCAGAGGCUGUUGAAGAAGCUCUUCGUGAAAAUCAAACAAGUAAAGCCUUGAUUCUUAGCCUUCGCUUGAAUGAGGAUUCUUUCAUUAAAACUUGUAUAUUUUCGGUUAGUCCAGCAGAUAUUCCAGCAGUUGCCACAUCAAUCCCUUACAAAUAUAUCCAACGAUUAGUGGAAGCACUUGCAGAUCGUUUAGAAAACUGCCCACAUUUGGAAUUUAUACUUCGAUGGUGUCAGGAGCUCUGCAAGGCCCAUGGGAAUUCUAUUCAGCAGAACUCUCGCAAUCUGUUACCGUCAUUAAAAUCUUUGCAGAAAGCAAUCACUAGAAUUCAUCAGGAUCUAGCAGAUACAUGUUCUUCCAACGAAUAUAUGCUACGGUAUUUAUGCUCUUCUGGUGCCAAGAAAUGA